AUGGCGUAUACGCAUGCCGGCUAUCCGCAGAAUCACCUUUACCAGGAUGAAUACUUCCAACAGCCGCCGUAUUCGAUGCCGAUACCCGAUGGAACAAUUUCAGCAAUGACUCCUAUGGCGAUAUCUCCUCAGCAUGGUAGUCCGAUACAUGACAACCAUUUCACAACACCGAGAUAUAUACCGCCGCUGCCAUGCCACAACUUCAUUCAGCCGACUUCGCUUCAAGCAUACCUCCCUGAGGAUGCUUACACCACUUCCGGGCCCAUGAACGGCAGUUUAUCAUCGUCUUGUUCCACAUAUAGUAUCGACAGUCAACAUUCGGCAACGUAUGAAGGCCAUCAAGUGGAUGUAGAGCAGAGCAGUAUCUGUGUACGCAAUCCGGCGCCGUCGACCUACGGACAGGACAAAGUCCAAGGAGACUCGUGGAAGGGGAAUGUUGGAGGUAGCACGUCGAAUCCAAGGUCACCGUCAUCAUCAAAGGACCGUGUUUUUUGCUCCCAUCGAGAUUGCAUGGAUGAUAAGGGAAGACCAAGAAAAUUCUUCAGUCGUAAGGCCGAUGUUACGAGGCAUUACAAAUCUGCGCACGACAUCACUUACAGAGAUUGCCCUAAACCUCACUGUUCUAGGAAGGGCAAACAAGGUUUUACGAGACGAGAUCACCUUAUUGAACAUUUACGAGGAUACCACAUGGAAGUCAUUGCAAAACGGCAGACAGGUGACAAUAAAAAUAAAAAGGAGGGGAGCUCGAGUAGUCUUGAAAACGAUAACUCUAAAUCUCGGCGAAGUUCGACUGGACCAACCGAUCCUCCUGUCCGAAAACCCUAUGUAGUCUCUCACAAGACAGUCUCUAAGAAACGAAGUUUCCAGACUUUCAAGAAAGAGCCAGACUCCGAGGCGGAGGAUGUUUAUCGUGAGGAUCAAAAAGAACACUCUCGUACCGAGGUCAAGCGUCGCAGAACCGUGAAGGAGGAACAGAUUCGCUACGACGGUUUUGAAGAAUCUGGGAAACUUCACACCCAGCAGAGCACGAACGGUUACCAGCCUCAGUCUCAAUCCCAGCCUCCCCAAGGCUAUCCAAAGCAAGAGAGUCCACCCGAGUUGCAGGCAAUUUCGGUCCCACAAUACCCUGGCACAACCCAGAUGGCUUCGACGUCUCCGAUAUACACCACGCGCCCAAUCAUCGAACCGCUCUACGAGACUGGACCUUUACUACCGAUGUACCAAUUUUCUCAGUCUCAGCCGGGAUCUCGAUAUCCUUUGACAGCGGUAGAUGUGUUUCACUAUCCACCUAUGCCGUGA